AUGGCGUCAGCGGGAAGAAAGCAGGCGAAGAAGGCGAAAAACGCGCAGGACUCGGCUGACCUCAAGGCGUUUGACUUCAACAUAGACGAGGAGAAAAAAGGCCUGAGCGGCUCCGACGACGACGCGAGAGACGAGGAAACCCCAGUGGUGGAGAAACUGGCGAAGAAAAGACCCGCUGCCUUGGAAGAGGACGACAUAAACGUGGGCAUGGGGAGCGAGGUACAGACUAUGCUGGAAAGGUUUGGAGCUGACAUCAGCAAGGCCCUGCAGGCAAAGAGGAAGCGUCUGGAGGCCUACACCAAGAGUUCACUGAAGGGCAGCAACCAGAAGCUGGAGCAGCUGUGGAAGACCCAGCAGGGUCAGAGACAGAAGCUGACUCAGGACUACUCCCAGCAAGUGUUCUCCGUGCUGCAGCAGUGGGAGAGCGACAUACAAAAAUCUGAUGAGCAGGAGGAGAAACUUAAUAGCUUAUUCCGACAGCAGCAGAAGCUCUUCCAGCAGGCCAGAGUUGUGCAGAGCCAGAGACUGAAGACCAUAAAGCAGAUGUACGAGCAGUUUCUGAAGAACAUGGAGGAGAUGGAGAAGAGUCACGAGACCUUCCUGACAGGAGCCCAGUCGGAACUACGGAAGGAGAUGGGCCUGCUGCAGAAGAAGAUCAUGAUGGACUCGCAACAGCAGGAGAUGGCAACGGUGCGCAAGUCUCUACAGUCCAUGCUAUUCUGA